UCAAUAAGUCCCCGGUCUGACACAUAGAGAGCGCCACUAACACAAAAAGUACAUAGUGGUUCGAAAGAACAGACCCUUUUAGGCGUACUGUCAAAUGUAUAUGUCAUUCGGAUCAUUAUUGUGUGAGUUAUUGAAGCUUUAGUGACGCUAAUUUGGUUAUUUUCAUAACAAUGGAAAAAAAGGAAUUUCGUGUGCUCAUUAAACACUGCUUUUUGAUGGGAAAAAACACCGUUGAGGCAAAACAGUGGUUGGACAAACAUUAUGGCACCUCUGCCCCAGGCAAAUCAACAAUUAUCGACUGGUAUGCUGAUUUUAAACGCGGUCGUACGGACACCGACGAUGCACACCGCUCUGGUCGCCCAAAUGAGGCAGUUGUCCCCGAAAAAAUCAAGCAGGUCCAUAAAUUGGUUUUGUCCGACCGUAAAUUAAAGCUGGAUGAUAUUGCUGACAUCGUAAAGAUAUCCAAGGGAAGUGUUUUUACCAUUUUACACGAUCAUUUGUCGAUGCGGAAGCUGUGUUCGAAGUGGGUGCCGCGUUUGCUCACUGUGGAUCAAAAACAAUCGAUGGCAACGAUGGUUAAAUUGAACGAGUUGGGCUUCCAGCUGCUCCCGCACCCACCGUAUUCGCCAGAUUUGGCCCCCAGCGACUAUUUCCUAUUCGCUGAGCUCAAAAAAAUGCUCGCUGGGAAGAAAUUUCGAUCGGAUGAGGAGGUCAUCGCCGAAACUGAUGCGUAUUUUGAGGAUCAGCCAAAAUCGUUCUACAAAACCGGCAUCGAAUGUUUGGAAAGGCGUUGGACUGAUUGUAUUGCCUUAAAAGGAAACUAUAUUGAUAAAUAA